AUGGGGUGCGACACUGCGACAAAGGUACAGAUCAAGAUUCUCAUACAGAACAUUUACUCCGUGACAGAAACGUCCAUGGACUAUUCGCUGGACAUAUUCCUCCGUCAGAAGUGGACGGAUCCUCGACUAAAGUAUGGCAACAUGUCCGAGCUGGAAUGGCUCGAACUGGACAGCAAAAUGAUGGACAAAGUCUGGGUACCCGACACGUACUUUCCGAACGAAAAGACAGCGAGCGUUCAUACGGUGACCGUUCCCAACAAGAUGAUGCAUCUCUAUAAAAAUGGCACCGUUCUGUAUAGCACAAGGUUGUCUCUUACACUGAGUUGCUCUAUGCAGCUGCAGAAGUAUCCCAUGGACGUGCAAAAGUGUCCCAUCAUUCUCUCCAGUUACGCUUACACGACGGAAAACGUCAAUUACACGUGGGAAGGACCAAAUCCGUUAAAGCUGAACUAUGUAGAGAUGCCGCAGUUUGACGCCUCUAUCGACGAUGAGGUAGAGAACAGAUGCAACAACAACGGCCAUAGUGCGCGCCCUUUCGACUACGAGUUUGCCUGUAUCACAGGCUUCAUCAAACUACGCCGGAAGGUUGGCUACUAUAUCGUGCAGGUGUUCGUUCCCAGCGUCCUUAUCGUGGUUGUCUCCUGGGUCUCAUUCUGGGUUGAUCACGAUGCCGUUCCGGCGCGCAUCUCCCUCGGGGUUCUCACUGUCCUCACCAUGACAACGCAGAGUUCCGGCGCGCGCCAAUCUCUGCCGCAAGUUUCGUAUGUCAAGGCGAUAGAUACAUGGAUGUCUACAUGUUUGCUGUUCGUGUUUGCGGCCCUCAUCGAAUAUUCUUACGUGAACGUCGUUGCACGGCGACGUCACAGACCCGACCCCGACAGACCAGUUGAACAACAACCGUUAACUGCAGACUCGAAAUGUUCAACGAACGGUAGCGGACGAAGCGCAAAAGUUCCACCGAACGAUCCUAAGAACGCGAGCAACAUCGCAGCGCGUCGCGUUGAUAAACUGUCAAGGAUGCUCUUUCCGUUGGCGUUCUUCAUUUUCAACGUCAUCUUCUGGGUGUACUAUAUCUUAAUACCGAAUCCUACCUGAGCGGGUUUCCAUGGUUACUGGGCACAUAUUGACCAGUUGCAACUUCACGAAUUAUGUUUUUAGUGGAUAA